CAGCAGGUUUCUUCAUUUGCAAUCCCCACGUGUGUGUGUGUGUGUGUCUGAAAUACCUCGUAAAUCUCCCUUCCAAAACUUGUGAUUAUUCUGACCUAAUUAAUUAAUUAAUUAAUUAAUCAAUUCCUGCCUCCGCUCCGUAUUUCCGUUUCCGAAUGUUGAGUGGUUGGGUUUGUAGAAAAUGGGGCAUUGUCCAUGCUUUGGUAGAAAAAACAAGGGCACAAAAUCCAAAAACGACGACAACAAGGAUGAAAAGCCACCUCUUAACCUUAAUAAAUCUUCAGUUAAGAUAAAUGAGAAAUUAGAGCAGAAGUUGGAUUUGUCAGUCACAGAGGACGAUGAUCAUGCUCAAAGCAAUGCUGUGACAUUUUCUUACCGUGAGCUUGCAACUGCAACUAACAAUUUUAGGAAAGAAUCCUUUAUUGGAGAAGGUGGUUUUGGUUCUGUGCACAAAGGAAAAUUACGAAGUGGUCAGAUUGUUGCAGUUAAGCAGCUAAAUCAUUCUGGUUUACAAGGUGACAAGGAGUUUCUGGUUGAGGUCCUCUUGCUUUCUCUCUUGCGUCACCCUAACCUUGUCAAUUUGAUUGGUUAUUGUGCUGAGGGGGAGCAACGCCUUCUUGUAUAUGAAUUUAUGCCUUUUGGGUCUUUGGAGUGUCGCCUCCAUGAUCUUAAACCUCACUUGCAGCCAUUGGAUUGGAAUACAAGGAUGAAAAUAGCAGCAGGUGCCACCAAAGGAUUGAAUUUCCUGCAUAACGAAGCUAACCCUCCAGUUAUCUACCGGGACCUAAAAUCAUCUAAUAUAUUAUUGGAUGAAGGGUUCCAUCCCAAACUUUCCGAUUUUGGGCUUGCAAAGUUUGGGCCGAAUGAUGAUAGGUCACAUGUUUCCACUAGGGUUAUGGGUACUCAUGGAUAUUGUGCGCCUGAAUAUGCUAGCACUGGAAAACUUACCAUGAAGUCAGAUGUUUACACUUUCGGUGUAGUCUUGUUGGAGCUGAUCACAGGACGCAGACCAUUAGACAUGACUCGUGGAGACGAAAAGUAUAUGCUUGUGGAUUGGGCACGUUCCAUGUUGAAAGAUGACAAGAACUUUGUUGGUCUAGCAGAUCCAUUACUGAAAGGCCAAUUUUCAGAGCAUAGCUUAGGCAAAGCCAUGGAAGUGGCACUAAUGUGUGUCCGAGAUGAUGCCCAUUCACGGCCUAGCAUGACUGAGGUGGUGCACGCCAUGAAUUAUUUGACAUCUCGGCGGUAUGACCCCAAUGCAGAUUGUGGAAAGGACAGAUGUGUGGCUGAGGGAGAAGGACAAAUGGAGAAUCCUCGAGAGCUGCAUGAAAAUUUAGAGGAAACAAGUUUGUUAAACAGAAUUCAGGAUCGUCAGCGUGCGGUUGCAGAGGCUAAGAUGUGGGGGGAGACUUGGAGAGACAAAAGGCGACAGCAGACACAGAACGUUACUGGCUAGCUAGAAGAUAGGAAUCGAUGAUCAUUAGCUGAUAAGAGGAGUAUGAGUCAAUGCUUUUGUGGAAGAAGGCUCGUGACAAAAUCUCCAAGAGUGAUUUUUUAACACUAUUUAAUUGUCG